ACAGAAAAAGAAAUUGAAGAAAGAAAAAGAGGCAAGUUCAGAUUCAGACUCGUCUGAUGAAUGGGUUGAAAAGGGUGACGAAAGCAUUAAAGAUGACACCAAGAAUGUCACCGAUGAAAAGAAAGAGUCUUCAGCUCAGCGCGAUAGCUGGAUGAUGUUUCCUUGUUUUUCUGGAAGUACAAGAACACUGACCAGGAAAGAAGUGGAUGAACCGGAGGAACAAGAAGAAGAGAAAAAGCUAUCAGCCAUAGAUAUGGCUGGACAACAUGCUAGGGAGCUGAAUCCAUAUUGGAAGGAUGGAGGAGUGGGCUUGCCAACUGAGGAAUCAGAGUCGACUAAAAAACCCUCUGAUACUUCAAUUGUCUAUGAUGUGAAGUGGCUAAAAAAAUCUUUGCAAAGAUCCAUUGAACAAGCAGAACAAGAAGGGUGCCCAUUAGAGGAUAUAGUUGCUGAUCGCUGGGGGUCUCUUGAACAUUUAAAGACAAUGAUCUCUAAGGCGGAAAGCAGGUCUUCUGAAGAACGCGGGAGAAACCAAAGAAAUUGGGAGAGAGACAGAAGAGGAGACAAGGAACGGUCACGAAGCAGGCACAAUGAAAGAGAAGACACAGAUCGAGAUAGGAGAAGAGAUGAUAAAGGAGACAGAGAUAGACAUCGUGAUUAUGACAGGCAACGACAUGAAGUCAAUGACAGAGACAGGAGUGAAAUUCAAAAUCGACGGACAGAAAGAAGGGUUGAAGACCGAAGAGACAAUAACAGAGAUUCAGAAAAUAUAUCUAGAGGUGGACAUGACAAGAUUAGCAACAGCUACUCCAGGCCCGGCGGGGAUAAAAGGCCAAGUAGGACUGACACAAAUAUGUUUAGACGGGCAGACACUACGAGUGGACGUUCAGAUUCACUAUCGUCACUCAAAUUCAAGAAGCCAGGCGAAGGGGUAUCGAGUUCUUCCACUGGUGGCUCCUCAAUGAAAUGGGAUCCAAACAGCAAGACAGGGACAGAAAGAGGAAGCAAAUAUGGAGGAUGGAAGAAGAAGAAUCCGUCGGACGAAAUGAGUACCAAAACCAAUCGUAUUGAACAAGCGUUAAAGAAAAGAAAAGAGAAAAAAGAAAAAGAUGAAGAGACCUCCAGCUCGGAGUCGUCGGAGUCUGAAGUCGAUGAAGUUUCAGAGAAAACUAAAAAUCCUAAGAAUCAGUGCAUAAAAGAAGAUGAAAGUGAAGGUGUUGAGCGGGAAGUGAUGACAGAACCUGCUGUUCCUAAGAAGAGAGUUACGGAGGCAGAUUUGAACAGUAUGGGAGCGAAGAUACUACGGGCCGAGUUAAUGGGAAACGAGGACUUGGCAUCAGAACUGAAGGCAACCCUGGAGCAAAUGAGAAAAGACAAAGAAGCACAAGAAGCGUCUGGCUCAAUGGACAAGGAGAGGAGAGAAGAGGAGGUGGUAGUAUUGACGAGAACUGAUAAGUUUGGGAAUACAAGACCUGUGAAUAUAUCAGAAAGUCCAGAAUCACAUCAACGAAGGAGGAAAAAAGAAAAGGCUGCUACACACGAUGAAUCUGGACAGCGUGAGCGAUACUUUGCAGAUGACGAUCGAUAUGACCUGAAAGAGAUGGUUCGAAGAGAAAAGAUGAACACAGCCGAGGAUUAUGACUCUAUGUUCUCAAGAUUAGCAUCCAAGGGAGCAACAAAAACUGAUUCCGAUGACUUCACUCUUGAUGACCACUUUGUUACUGGAGCCGCAAAUAAACUAUCCAAGGCAAAAGAAGAAGAAAGAGAUCGAAUGAGAGCUAUUCGAGAACAUCAACGCCUAUCGGAACAGCUAUCGAAAUGUAGAUUUUGUUUCGAGAACCCAGAUUUGGCCAAACAUCUUAUUAUUGCAAUCGGUAUUCAGGUGUACUUGGCACUGCCAUUACAUACAUCACUUACCGAAGGACACUGUUUGAUUGUCCCAAUGCAACACCAAGUCGCAUCGACAUACCUUGAUGAGAAUGUGGUAGACGAAAUCAAAGUAUUCAAAAAAGGGCUGACAAGAUUAUUUCUUGACAUGGACAAAGAUGUGGUGUUCCUAGAGACGUGUCGAAACAUUGCCAGGCAAAACCACAUGAUAAUCGAGUGUGUUCCCCUACCCAAGGAAGAGGGAGAAAUGGCUCCCAUGUAUUUCAAAAAAGCAAUUCUCGAGUCUGAAUCUGAAUGGGCGCAAAACAAAAAGCUGGUAGACACAAAAGAGAAAGGCUUACGAGGAUCGAUACCAAAGGGUUUGCCAUAUUUUAGUGUCGAGUUUGGUUUAGAUGGAGGAUACGCUCAUGUCAUCGAAGACGAACAUGCUUUCCCGCAUUACUUUGGAAAGGAAAUUAUUGGCGGAAUGUUGGACCUGGAACCGAGAGCAUGGCUCAAACCACACAAAGAAAACUUCGAGCAACACAAGAAGAAGGUCUUACAGUUUGCCGAUUGGUGGAAACCUUACGACUGGACGAAAAGACUAAACAAAAAUAAACAAUGAAAUCAUUAUUGUUUCUGAGCUGGAAAACAACUGAGCCUGUCAGGGAACAGUAGAACGAAGAAAUCCUUAAAGGCUCACACACAGCAUCACUAAAUGUAGAAAACCCACCUUUUGCUAGAAACAACUGAGUUCCAAGCUAGAAAGGGGGAAUCACAGGCACCCUAGGAUUCCCCCUAGAUAUGCCCCUGUUGUCACGUGCGUCCAAUCCUUACUCUAACAAGCGUCAUCUACCACAUUGUAAAUAAACCAAGCCUUGUGUACUUUAAUAAUUUUAUUAGUUAAAAUUUAUCUUAUACUCCAGUGUAUAUAAUACUUUCAAAAUAAAAACCUUAAAUAUUCA